GAAAAACACGAGCAUGCGCAUAAACACAACUUCCAUGAGUGUAGCUAGCAACAAUUUUCUCGAUGUAAAUAGAUAGAAAAGGAAGUGAGCAGACAAUUCAUUGAAAGAAUCCUGGACAUCAUCAAAUAGAUUGGAUUUCCAUUGAAGUUUAACUUACCUUCUGUAGGGAUAAAUGGAUGUCGUAGCCAUGUCAUGUCUGUAGUGAAAUGGCCAGUUGUGUUGAACUUAUAAAACUGCCCGUGUACAGUAUUGGAAACGAAGUGAACCCGAUUAACUCUCAUACUAUAGAAUUCAUUGGUAAUUGUACAGAGAGUGUUGCUGUGUUUGCGAACGUCCAAGUGAAUAGUAGUCAAGUUGUCAAAGAUUCUACUGACUUUUUAAUGGCCAGCAGAAAAAACGGAGUGAUUAAGCGGCACCAUAACCGGGCCAUUGAUUUAGCUCUGAAAUAUCGUAGAAGGCGUUCUACUAUCGAAGACAAGCGAAAACUGAAUGGUGAAGUAGUGCCUAUACAAAAGGUGCAACAAAACAUUUGUAGAGUCGAAACAAUACCAGGCACUAGUCUUAAAAUAUGCAGCUGUGGUACAGUUUCAGAAACUGCAAAAUCGAAAAAGUGCCAAAACUGCCACAAGUUCUUUUACGAUCAUUGGGCGCAGCGUUGUCGAAUACCUCCGUGCCCGAAGUGUCACUUCUGUCGUAAAGCAAAAAGUCGUGAGAAGCCUCCAUAUAAGUGUGACCGCUGUGGAUUUGAAAUCAAUGCUGAACUGGUAGUAUCAGAGCAGCCCUCCCAAUUCAACGAACCUGAUACUGAAGAGAAUAUCCAUCCUGACAAUCUCAGCUCCCCGAAGCCUGAGCUCUUACCCACUGUGCUCAAUAUUCUCAAGAUUUGUGGCAAUAAAUCUUUUGAAGAAACUGAGGAAAAGAGUGACUCUCUUGACCCUGUUGAGGAUUGUGCUACAUGUAGCUCAUCAUUGAUUGAACCGAACACUGAAUUAAUUGAAGAAACAAUUGAGGAAUCCAAUGAUUUUACCAUACCUUUUUCGUUACGUCUUAGUGAAGGGGAAGAAAACUUGUUGUGCGAAGACGCUGCUGAACCCUCAACACCACCCAUGAAUUCAACUGCUGGUAGUUUUUUUGAAGAUGAUUUUAUCACAACUCAAUCAUCAAUGUCGAUCUCACCUGUGACAGUGCCUACUUGCAUCAGUCAAACACCUUCCAACCAAGCCGUGGCGCUGAAUUUGCCCCCUUUGCCACUCUCACCUUCUUCGAGCUCUGGAAUGGUCUCUCCUUGCUUUUCAUCAGCCUCUACUGUCUUUUUGGAUCAUGGACAACUAGGCACUGAUAAAACGUCUUCUAGUUAUGAUUCCAAACUCUCUUCAAAUUCUAAAGCCUCAUCUGAUAUCACGCAAAUUGCAAUAGCUGCUAAUUCAUCUAAUGGUCCCUCUUUGCUUGUCCCGAGCUCUGUUACUACUGAAGUGAGUACUGCACAAGAAACUGUGCCACUACCAGUCACUGUCAAGAAUUGGUCAAAUACACAACAUCUCGAUUUGCUACUUUCACAGAAUGAACAACUUAUGGACUUUCAGAAUGAAGGCACUCCAUCUUUAUGUAAUGGAGACCUUCGGUCUGUACAAGGUAUGGACACUCUGCAUUUAUUGGAUGAAGGAAGGCCUAUAACGAAUGAAUACCAUCCUUGUGUAUUGGAUGGAGAUGAAUCAUUUGCUCUGAGUAAAGAUGAAAUUCCUCUGCCAAUUAAGGACUCUUUGCUGAAUGAAUGCUCUGUACUGAAAGCAAAUCAAGACCCUGUAAAAGGUACAAAUGAAGAUGAAGAAAUAACAAAUGAGAGCACUAUACUGAAUGAAGAACAUCAAAACUCUAUCGCAUAUAACGAGACUGCACCAAGUAAGAACCUUGUACCAAUUGAAGAUUCCGAAAGGAAUCAAGACGCCUUACCAAUCUUAUCGAGCGAAGAACCGGUUAAAAUAUCGUUAAGUCAAAAUCCUUGCGAUGACUCUCCUUUGCCACCGUCCAGUGAAGACUGCUUGGAAGAACAAAAGAAUGAUCUUUCACUACCUUCACCAAGUGUAAUUACUUCUGCCAUAAGCUCUACGUACCCACCCACUCAGAAUCUCUCCCCUUCCCCAAUAUCUAGUGAGGACUCGCAAAGUUUCACUUGUAAGGACGAAAAAUUCUUGUUGCCCACUGUUGAAGUUGAGUCAACUGUCUCCACUUCGAUGCCUCAUAUGUCCACCGGGAUUAAAUGUACUCCUCCCAACCCAGUGCCAACGAUUAAAAGUGUGUAUGUGCCUUCACUUCACAAAAUCAGGGAACUAGUAGGACUGACUUUGAAGCGAACACCCAUAGAACAGUACCAACAAAUACAGCGAAAGAUCCUAGCUAAUCAAAUCCAAGCUCAGAUUGAAAUACAACGCAGCAUUCUGAAAAGUCAAACUGGUUCAGAUAAUUCGGAACCCACUAGUAUUUUGGGGAAAAACACGUCAACUUUGGAAGACGGAAAACCAGCUGCUAAGAGGCGUAAGAAUGUUUUCUCUGACAUUGUUGCUGAUGUGAUUCAAAGCAUUAAGGAACUUAACAAAUCUAAAGCGAACGAACCUAGCAUUAUUCAACCUGCACCGAGUUCGUUCUCACCAAGUGUUAGCACAGCAAUAACAACGCCAAUCAAUAGCAAAACUGUGGAUUCCCUUACGCAAAGUUCGUCUUUUGCUAAGUUAUCAUUGUAUUCCCCAUUGAUCCAAGGUCCUAUAGCUGCUGAAGGUUCAUCACGAGAUGGGGUUCCGUCUGAAAUCAAAGACAACAUUCCUUUAAGACUUUCGAAUUCAUUCAGAAAGAUUGAAACAACUGGUAACGAUAAAAUUCGAGUAUCACUCCUUAAAGAUAAUACAUCGUCAGCGCAAAUUGAUGGUUUGUCAUCGAACAAUGAUCAAGUUAUUUUACCUUCACCAAACUUUUGCGUUGUAAAUGCUAAAAUUUCGCGUAAAUCUGAGCCUAGUACAAUACCGCUAGCUGGUGACUUGAAUACUAGAGAAGUUGAGAAUGUUACUAGAGAAGUCGAUCAUGUUACUAGAGAAGUCGAUCAUGUUACUAGAGAAGUCGAUCCUAUUGCUGGUAAUUACGUACCUUCAUUGACUUCUAUAAAAGAGGAACCGACUGAUCAUGUAACUCAAGACUUAAAUGCUGAACAGGCUAUGAUUAAUGACCCUCUAGUAGAUGUACCCACGAUAACUGCCACUAAUCCAAUACUCCCUGAAAACAACUUCACGGCACAUGUACCUCCGCUAUUGAAACUACCACUAAUCGAUUCCAGCACUCUUAACACACAUCCUGAUGAUAGCUGUAAUGAUGCUAUUCUUCAGAAUACGAUUCCUGCUCUGCCUGUUGUCCCAUCAGAGCUUGCUCUGCCUCUCCAGGACGCUGUUACUGGCCAAUCCUCUGCAUGCAUUCUUUCUCUACAUAAGCAGCCAUCCUCCUCAGCUAACAUUCUGCCUGACGUACCAGGAAACCCCAGCCAAGUGAGGCUGCAAGUCAGCAACAGCAUUCUCAGCUCUCUUAAAAAUGAAGGACUUAAUUUAUCCACUACUAGUAACUAUCGGUCAAUUCGACCCAGGCCUACUGCCUCCAUUGGUGGGGUUCUAGUACAAAGUCUAGAGUCUAGAAGCCCGGAUCAACCCCCCGUGUCUAAAGUAGGUGGUGUUUUUGUAUCUGUUCUCAGCUCCUUUGCUCCACCUGUCAAAAGUCAAGACUCAACAAUUGGUGACAUGAGCUCUAAGUCUCCCACUCGUGCUCCAGCUGAGUCUAACCGUCAAAAUAAGAAAUCUAGUAAAACUGGGAACAAAGGUAGAGGUGGUAAGAAGAGUGGUGAUGGUCGCCGUAAAAAAGAGGGCGGUGCUUCGCGUGGAGGUGGUGAUGAUUGUGAGGGUGGGGAGGGGGCAGGCGAUGACAAGCAACCAAAGAGAAAGAGAAAGCAAACAAAUUCCAUAUCAGACAAGAAGAGAAAGCCGAGGAUGAAACUAUACUCUGUGAAGCUUAAAGACGGGUUCCUCCACCAUGUCACGUGGGGUGAGCAAAGGGUGGUAUUCAUGGUUCCUUUGCUGGACGGCCAAAUAAAAUCGACUGUUCUUGAGGAGGAGAGUCCUAACAGCUCCACCAAGGCGGCCGAGCCUCCUCCCAAGGUGAUUAAGAGCACCCCCCAGCCUGGCGCUGAACGCAAAACUCGUAGGAAAGCCAAACUCGAACCAAUGAUCGAACCAGAAAUUGAGGAGGAACUGGACCCAUUGUUGGAGUCUCCAUCAACGUCUUCUGCUCACAUAGUUACACCCUGCUUGUCAAUCUACGAGCUACGACACAAGCUUUUCAAAGACCUCCCUGCCAACACCAUCUACGCCUACACCUAUCGACACCAAAUUAAGACUGUCAAGCCCCCUAUGCACUGGCACCAGGUGCUCAGACGAAUGGGUGGUGUGGCGACAAACACUCAUACUUGCAGAAUACUCGAGUACAAGUAUGUACAACGCAUAGUGGAACACUACGGCACAGACUCCCCUAUCCCAGACUGUCUGGAGGACCUCUGUAGGAACAAGUUUCCAAAGGGUAGACGAGUAAUUGAUCUCAGCGAUGUUGACCCCAAUGAUCUCUUGGAAGGAGAGCACUUAGAAGCAAUUCCUUUGUGUACAACUGGUUCUCCAAAGAAGAAGAAAUCCCCUAAAGAUUCUCCCCUGGACAACGUUGAUGACUCUGUCGAUGACUCAAAGUCAUGUGAACAGUCACCUGAUCGGUCACAUGACGAAGCACAUAAAUCACAAGAUUAUCAUGUAUUUCAAGACCAACAAGAUUUCCCUCAAACCAAACUGGGCACCCCUCCUCGAUUCAGCAUUGACGGAAAAGGCCAGAAGCAGAAGUACUGUCCACAGUGUGGAACACAGCUUCUCAAGAAGUCCAAAAAGUGUUACAGUUGUGGGAAGAGAUUUGGUCUUUACUCAUUUGGUCGGAGGCUCUGCCCUUCUUGUGGACAUUGCAACCUCGCCAAAAUGACCGAUUGUCAUGAGUGUGGUCACAACUUGGCCGACGCCCCCACUGCUAUUCCUGAUGUGAGUGAGACUAUUUUACCCCCGGUUCGAUCACGCAAAAGACUAAGAGAUGGUUACUAUGGCUACGAGGGUGGAUCAGCACCAAAGAUUAAAAAAGAGCAUCAAUUCAGUGUGUCCUCCUCUGCCCCUUCUUCCCGUCUCCCCUCCACUGCCGAUAUCGAGUCCCUCGAUGACCUCCCAGGAGAAAUGAGCGGAGCAAACAAUCCUGUCAACAAAUCAGAUGACCCCACUACUCCUACCAGAAAUGCCACAUCCAAGUCGUUCAAGUUCUCUGGGUAUAAAUAUGGGCGUAUUCCGUGGGGAGAAGCAGACGUGACUUGUUUGGUAGAUGAGUCGGGGACACCUAGGUUUUGUCUCCCCGAGCUCUGCGGCAAGGUGUUACGAAAUCACUCCAAGUCUGAUGUGUUUGAGAUAGUAAAAGACCUCAACCUCCCUCUGACUCAGGGUGACUCAACACUCCUCAAGAGACUACAGGCUCUUGGACUGCACUCAAACAGGUCUCCCGUAUGUCGUCUUAUUGGCCCAGAUGAAGUAUGGACGUUAUUGGAUGCCCUACAGGAGCAGGUACCUGCUGAGGUCCACCAACACUUGGAGACAAUCACCCUCUCAUCCACACCACUCCUGUCCCCUGGAGCUCCGACCCACAGCCCUGCUCUUUUUCCGGCCAAGACAUCAAUACCUGAAGAUGACGAGCAUGGUUUUCAGUCCACAUUGCAUGAAGUUGAUUGCAGUGAUGGGCAGACAAUGGCUCUCCUGCGAUCGUGGCGGGGAGAGCAGUACGGCUCACUAACAGAGCUCUGGCGCAAGUACUUCCCUGAGGUGAAUAGAAGCCACCUUACUACUGUUCUCAGGAGGCUCAAGGUGGAUACCAUCAUGCCCACUGGACAACAAGCCACUCUACUCAGGAACGCCAACGUAAUCUCCCUCAGAGGUGCAGCCGGCAGACUGAUAGAGAUAGAGGACAUGCAGUUGUUGUUGGACGACCUCAGCAUACCUCUUCAGAUUGGCUCCUCCCCCAGCAGCAAGAAAGACAAGCCCCUCACUGCUGUUGCACCUCCCACCCAGCCAACGGUCCCUCCCCUGCUAAUACGUAGACAGAAGAACAACGCAUCGUACGGAGUAGGUCGCACUAGUCUUGCUGCCACUGCAGCUGCUCAGGGGAAGGCCCUAGCAACCAAAGAAGAUCUCCAGUAUGCUGAGUGCAUGCGAAACUUGCUCCAAGUGGUUGAGCUGAGUGACGUCAAGCUAUUGGUGGAGAAAGCACAUCAGCGGGCAGCUGCCUCCACCAGCACUAUCGACACUGACAACAGAGCUGCUUCUUUGGAGCUGGAUGAUGUUCAGCAGCGUAUCUCCUCUCACCGAGAGCUCUGUUCUGUUAUCACCGACGAGAUUGGCUUUCUCAACGUAAGUAACCAUGGAAUCAUGUCCGAGGUGGUUCGAUUAUCUCACACUGAGAAGAAUGUGCUGCAAGACCUCGAGAGACUGUGUAGUUCCCAUCACAUGGAUUUGAAAUUUGAUGAUUCUCACAAUUAAUUUCUAGAUGGUUCCCUUAUUUGUUAUAGUUCAAUUAUUGUUAUACUUAUUGUACAAUGUCAUGUAGAUACAUGUAUCAUUUCCUGUAUUAUUAUUAUAAUUACGCUUA